GAGCGUAUAGUUUUUUGAUGUGGCACAAUCAUUGUUGAAAUUACAUUAAAUAUUCAAUGUUUAUUAUUCAAUCGUAAUUAUUUUCUUCUAAAUACAUAUAUAUUCAUUAAUUACAAACAUUUUAGCAUUUCAAUUUAAAAUACAAAUCUUGAUAAAAGAUUGUAAAACGUAGUAUGGAACGCGACUAAAACAUUCGACCAAUAGAAUACCUACGUGCUCCCCUUCCCCAAUACAGCAAAAGCGCUGCCUGUGAAGUGCGAACGAAACAUAAACUAAAGCAAAAUAUCUCCAUCUUGGUGUGACAGAUUUUUGUGUUUGUUGUUGGAAAAUUCUAUUUUUAUUAGUUGAAUGUGUUUAAAUGACAUUGAAAAGUGAUAAAAAAUAGAGAUAUUCAUUUAGUGACUCUUUAAAAGUUUGAAAAUGUUGAGUAUCCUGAAAUUCGUUCGUGUUUCAAUAUAAUUCAAGCGGUGACGGAGUGUCCAUCUCGGUAACUAGUAUAUAGUUACUUAUUUCUGUGAUAAGCGGUGCGCGGGGCCUGGCGAACGGCUUUGGUCGAGAGGAAGUGUUCCUAACAUCACGGGUGACUCACAUUGUUGCUGACCGGUUCAGAACAGAAGGACCACAAUGGCCAAGGCGUGAGGGCCGUGCCCGCGCCGAUGCAAUGCUACAGAGGCUCUACGAACACUCACCACCAAAGCCAGUAACACAUAACUAUAUACAACUUACUGUUCAGAAGGCUAUAAGUCUUUUGGAUAAACUAUAUGAUACAUUCUUCGUGGCUCCACGUAAAGCGCAUGUGAACUACUUCAAUAAACAUUUUAUCAAGAUUGAAUUUUUGGACAAACCUUGCAAACCAGUCUUUAAGGAAUUUGAUGAGUGGCCACAGAUCUCAUUAGAAACUUAUUCUGUGAAGGAGAAUAAAGAAAAAAAUAACUCUCAAGAAACUAACGCAAUUCCCUCUAAUAAUAAUCAAAAAAUGACGAGGAAGAGUCGGCCAAGGAUUAAAGAGAAGGAAUUAAAAGAAGAAAAGGGGGGCUACUGUGAGAUGUGUAAUAUAGAUUAUACAGAUGCAUCCUUACACAGACGGUCACCACAUCAUUUAGCAUUUGUCAGAGAUCAUACCAACUUCCUAUCACUUGACUCUCUCAUUAAUUCUGGUGCAGAUGUUAACACAUUCUUAGACAAAGCCACUCCUCUUAAUGGAGAGAGACGAUCAAUGAGGAAAUUAUGUAAUGGUGAGUUUGAAAUAAAAAGCAGAAGCUCAAAACAAUCUCAAUCACCUGAUACUAGUAGCGGUAAUAUCAGUCCCAAAAGAAAUGGGCAUGAUGAAGAGAAAAAACAUAACACUAGAUGUAGUAAGAAAUCAAGUGAUUCAAUACCAUCAGAGGAUCGUCAGUAUUAUAAAGUUGUUGGAGUUAGCACAAAAUUACGUUCAAGUGGUGGAUUCACCAAGAAAAAGGAAUCUGUAUGUAAUGGGACAAAGCCUCUUGUAGUAAAAUUUAGGAAGGUCCGAAGAUCAGAGUUGUCAGUGUUAAGUGAUGAAGCUGAACAGUUUAUGUUUCCUAAACGUGCAAGCUCUUCAAGUUCUACAUCUUCUGAUGAUGAAAAAUUAAUUGUAAAUAAGAGAAAGACAGAUAAGCCAUCACAGCCUCCUCCUACUAAUGAAAGGAAGCGUCUUGCUAGACCUUUAGCCUUAAAAGAAGAGUCUUCGGAAGAAGACUGUUGGGUUGAAGAUAAAAGGAAAUAUCGCAAACGGCGUGCACCACCUGUUGUUAAAAGAGCUAGACCAGGUCCACCAUCUAAAAUUGAAAAUUUAGAACCUCCAACUCACUCAGUUGAACCAAAAUUACAGCAACUGUCAUUACCAAACCAAGAAACAGAACAACUACCCAAAGAACUUCAAAACAUAAAGAAACCACAAAAUGAGGUUAGUCCGACAUUAGAGGAACCUAAAGAAAAAUGUCUUAAAUGGGAAGAUGGCAAAUUAAAAUAUACACCAGCUGUUGAACAAUUAGAGUUUGCAUUUGAAUCUGUACCACAAAGUGAACCAUGGUUUGAAUCAUUUAAACGACAAGAUGAAGAUAAAAUUGUUGCAAGAAAUGUCUCUAACUAUUUUGCAAUCUAUACAAAAUCACCAAAGUUACCUUAUGAAAUGGGUCAGUUACCAUCAUUAAAACCAAAUUGUUGUCCUCUAAGUGAUUUGGUGAAACAGAGGGAGGAGAAACCUGGACCCUCUAGAUCUUAUGGGACUAGAGGUAUGAAAAAACGAAGAAUGAAGAAGCGCACUGAGGCAGUUAUUGCACUUGAAAGCCACCCUAGGAAGUCUCCCAGAGAACAUGCAUCAACAUUAGCUAUAUUAGGCUCAGCAGGAUUGCUGCACAGACACAAGCAUAUAAUUGAUGAUACAAAAUCCACAGCAUCUGAAGAUACUGUAGUUGAUACAAAUGUUACUAGUAAAACUGAACUUGUCCUGUCAGAAGCUCAAGAAGCUUCAGAGAGAUUACAACAAUUCCUAUCAGAAGUAUUUGAUGAUGCUUCAGAUUAUGAUGUGUCUGAUGAGUUGAUUGAUAGUGAUUCUGCUGUUAUUCCUUCAAAAACAAUACUUGAUGUGUCAAGCUUGGUUUCUGAAUGUGAAAAUUGUGAUUUAAUUAGUAAUGAAAUCAAACAGGGUACAGCUACACGGGGUCGUCGUGGCAGAUUCAAGAAGAAGAACAAAACAGGCUGGCCUAGUAAAAAGAAUAAAAAAAAGGGCUCAAGGACAAGUAGCUUUGAAUGUCAAAGUAAGACUGAAGGCAGUGUUGGCCAGUCCUCUAUUGACACUGAUGAUGAUACUAUCAGUGAGGUAGAUCAAGGUCUGUCUGAGACUGAAAUAACUUUAACUGAAGAUAAAGACAGUAAAAUUGAUGCUAAUACAUAUACACUAAAAUCUGAUUCUCAAGAGAGUAGGUUUCCAGAUCCAAUUAUUCCUAUGGAUGUUUGUGAAGAUAAAAAUAAUUCUGAAAUUGUAGAAGAAAAAUGUAGUGAACAUAAUUCAAAAGAAUCUGAUAGCGAUAAAAGGACAACAUCUGAAAGUGAUGAUAAAGAGGAGAAGAUAAGUAAAAAUAAGCGAGCUCUGCAAGGCUUGUGUGAUUGGCUACCUGUGAUCAAAGUUGCGCGAGUGGAUUCUAUUGCUGGUCGCAGAUUGCGAUCAGCUGGACGGUCAAGGUCCAAUAGGUUUAGGUAGCAUUGUGAUUUUGCUCGAAUAAGUGGAUGAUCAAAGACUGUGAUUAGACACCAUUGAAUUGUGAAAAUAUUAAAGGAAAUUUCUAAUUCAAUAAUCUCUAAUAUUCUGAUCUUGAACAAUGUCUAUGGUCCAAGAGACCAUAUACAUUUUUGUAGCUCCAAAUAAGUAGUAGUAUUACAUCAAUUGGUAUUCAGAUUUUCAUGUCCUAAAUGUUAUUAUUAGUACAUUCCUUAUUAGUCAUAUCAGCCCCUACAUUUGAUUGGAGGUUAUAUGAAAUUAAGAUACUCGGAUCAAGAUAGUUCAAAUAUAGUAAAAGACCCUCAUAAUGAAUCUAGGAUCUGUUUAUGUGUAAUUUAUUUAAAAUUAUAUUUAUUGUGCCUGUUGUAUAGCUGUAUUAUAUAAUUUUGAUUUAUUUUCUUAACUGAGCAUAGGCAAGUAUUACAAAAUGUAUAGUGUGUAACUCAUGUACCCAUUACUAUAAGUGAAAAUAGUUAUGUUGCUAUUGUACUGGCAAAAUUUUGUUGGCUUCUCUUAUUACUAAAAAAAUAUUCUGGGUGUCAGGGUAAGUUAUCCACUUGAAAAUCACACCAGCAUAUCAUUUAUACUUGCUAAUAUCUCAACCAAAAAUUUUUAAAAACAAUAAUAAAAGAUUCUAGUAUUUAUUUAGGAUUGUGAGGCUCACUGUAGUCACUGUAUAUAAUAUAGUACUUUAGUACUAUAAAAUAUUAAUUUUCGUUAUAUGUUGUGAUGUGUUGUAGUGAGGUUACUGUAAAUAUUUUGUAUGCUUAUAGUAUGUUUCUUUUGUUCUCCAUGAAUGUUGUUGACUGUCACAGUUCAUCAGUAAAGUUGAUUAAUAAAUGGUUUAAUUCUU